AUGAAUCCUCUCGUGAAGAACCUCAAGAAACAACUUACUUGCUCGAUUUGUCUCGAUACCUACACCGAACCUAAAACUAUAUUAUGUCUUCAUACAUUUUGCUGUCAGUGUUUAGAGAGACAUGCAAGAGUAGUGAGCCAGAGACAAGGGAAAUUCCGAUGCCCCGAGUGUCAGGCAGAAAUCGAUUUACCAGAGGGAAAUCGCUUCGACCUUUUGCCCAACAGCGUUUUUCACAAAAGUCUGUUAGGUGUCCUUGAAGCGGAAGAUUGCCAGGCCAUUUCGAGGCAACAACAGGAGACUUGCUUGCAACAUACGGAAGAAAGACUGCGAUAUUACUGCUCUACGUGUGAGGCGAGUGUUUGUCCAGUUUGCGUCACCGAAGACCACCGAGGCCAUGCGUUUGACUUGCUUGAAAAAGCAGUGCAAGAGGAGAAGAAAAACAUCAUGUCGACCGUCGAGACCAUCAAGGAAAAGGCAGACUUGUUUCGAGCAGAGUUAAGAAAAUUAGAGAAAACAUCAGAGGAUGUGGAAAUGAUUAUUGCAAUCGUUAAACAAGAAGUGUCGGAGGCAACGGAACGUGUAAUCACAAAGACGCGACAACAAGAAAAACAGCUCUUAGAGUCUUUAGAAAUGACGCGUAGGAGGAGAAUAAAGCGAAUCAACUCGACUAAACAAGAACUGGAAUCUCUAGUAAAACAAAUGAAUGAAGCAGCCGACUUUGCGGAAAACCUGGUGCAGAGAAGAUCAGCUGCAGACAUCCUACAGAACAAAAACAAAUUGAGGGAGAAACUUGAAGAGUUUCAUGGAGUUGAAGUUCCAAAACAUCGCCAGGCUACAUUUGUCAAAUUUACCGCCGCAUCGCAACACAACUUUAAACUGGGUUCUAUUCAAGUCUCCGAGAAGCCGCCAAUCGCAGCUAAAUCAACUUUAGAAGGACUAUAUCAAGCUUUUCAGGCUGGUGUAGAAGCAAAGUUUACGUUGUGCCCACGGACAUCUGGAGGGGAGAUGAGUGACCACGCUGAUCUCAAAGAUCAAGUCGAAUUGCUACUAAAACCCGCCGAAGAUGUGACAAACGUGACUGUUGAUGAGGAGUACGACGGAAAUGUUAGCCUAAAGUUUACUCCCAAAGUACCUGGAGCCUACAGUAUUGAAGUGAAGAUUAAUGGCGAUAAACUACCGACCUGUCCAAUGAUUGUGCAGGUGAAAGAACGUAAACUUGUUGUGGUCGGUGAGUUGAAGCUAAAGCUCUUUCCAAGGGACACGCUUAGAUGGUUAUGUGGAAUUACUGUGAAUACAGAAGGCCAGAUAGUUGUGACAGAUGACUUUGGCGACUGUUUAUAUGUCUUUGAUAAAGAUGGCAACCAUUUGAGAACAAUUGGAAGCGAGGGUAGCAAUACAGGACAAUUUCUUUCUCCUGAUAGCAUUUCGUUUUUAAAUGACAAGGAAGUCCUAAUUGCAGACUCAGGCAAUUGUAGAAUACAACAACUUAAUAUUCAGACAGGAACUGUUGUGAAAAGUUUUGGAAAAGAAGGCAGAGAAAAAGGAGAGUUUGAUAGGCCAAUAGACGUUACUGUGGAUGAUGACGAACGCAUUGUUGUAACCGAGUGGGGCAAUCAUAGGAUACAGGUGAUGUCAAAGGAGGGGGAAUCUAUUUUCACAUUUGGAGACAAAGGCCCAGAGAAACUUUUAUGGCCAAGCUGCUGCAUUCUUUACAAAAACAUGUUUCUCGUAUCUGAUUUGGGCAACCACUGCAUAAAAGCUUUUGAUCAGUCAGGAACAUUCUUAUACAAGUUCGGCAAAGAAGGGAGUCAAGAUGGACAAUUUAACCCGCCGCGUGGUUUACUUGUAGGUAGCUCCGAUAAUCUUUUAGUAUGUGACUCUGGCAAUAACCGAGUUCAGCAGUUUUCUUUAGACGGUCGCUUCACCGGCAAAAGUAUCACUCGUUUAUCUAAGCCUGUGGCGAUAACAAAAGCACCAGACGGGCGUAUUCUUGUUGUUAGCCAUGAUGAGAGAGAGGUGUACAUUUUGAAAUAG